AUGGAAUCCCGCCUCCUAGCCCGCACCAACAAAAUCACAAACACCUCCGGCCUCUCCCCCACCCACCUCCAAGCAAACCUCCUGAUCCUCCCCUCCGCCCACGCCAAAUCCUUCCACGACCUCUGCCGCCGCAACCCCGUCUCCUGUCCCUUACUCGCUACAACACCCCCGGGCUCCCCGCACACCCUCAACCCCCCCCAAACCAUCCACUCCCCGGACUUUGACAUCCGCACAGACUGUCCCGCCUACCGCAUCUACAAACACGGGAAAUGCAUCGCCCAGCGCCGCGAUAUCCUCGAUCUCUGGACAGACACAGAUGACUACGUGGGCUUCCUAAUCGGCUGCUCAUUUAGUUUCGAAGACGCGCUGGGCCGUGCGGGAUUGAAGCCGCGGCACCAGGAGACAGGGGCCGUUGUGCCGAUGUAUCGGACGAAUCUGCCGUUGUUGCCUGCGGGGGUUUUCACGGGUGCUACGUGUAUUGUGUCGAUGAGGCCGUAUAGGGCCGAGGAUGUGGAGAGGGUUAGGAGUGUUACGAGGAGGUUUCUGGCGACGCAUGGGGAGCCGGUUGCUUGGGGGUGGGAGGGGAUGAGGGAGUUGGGGAUUGAGGAUAUUGGGAAGCCGGAUUUUGGGGAGGAGCCGGUUAUUAGGGAGGGUGAGGUUCCGGUUUUUUGGGGCUGCGGCGUCACGCCACAAGUAGCAGUGGAAUCCGCUGGCGAUAAGAUUGACGGACUUGUUUUCGCCCAUGAGCCUGGAAAUAUGUUGAUAACCGAUCUGACAGACUGA